AUGACCUGUGGGGUCAAUUUGAACCGGUUACUUAGAAUCGACGUGGGGGUCAAAUAUGUAAAAUCAUAUUUCUCCGCGUGGUCUCCUAUAAUGAUUGUGACAUUUGCAUCAAAGAGCAAGCUGUUGAAUCCACCUCCGGAAACUCUUGGUGCUUCGGCCCUAGCUCUUCACUAUGCAAAUCUCAUCAUAUUCAUCGAGAAACUGGUAGCAUCUCCUCACUUGAUCGGGAAUGAUGCCAGAGACGAUGUAUACAAUAUGCUGCCAGCUAGCAUCAGAUCAUCCCUCAGGGCUAAGCUGAAGCCUUUUGCAAAGAGCCUCAGUUCAUCAGUUUACGACACAGCUCUUGCCAAUGAAUGGAACGAUGCCAUGUCAAAAACACUCGAAUGGCUCGCCCCCCUCGCUCAUAACAUGAUAAGGUGGCAGUCGGAGAGAAGCUUUGAGCAUCAGAGCUUGGUGUCUAGGACAAACGUCCUUCUCGUCCAAACGCUCUACUUUGCAAAUCAAGAAAAGACAGAAGCACAGAUCACCGAGCUGCUCGUUGGUCUGAACUACAUAUGGAGAUUCGGGAGAGAAAUCACUGCCAAAUCGCUGGCAGAAUGCGCCAGUGGCAGAACGUUCGAUGAAUAUCAGGAGUGAUAUAUCAUCGCCUUUUCGGUAUCUGUGUAUAUAUAUAUCAUCAUCCUUUUCACUAUCUUGGGCGUAAGGAGCUCCUUUCAGUCAUCAUGAUUUGCAGACAGCGUUGUCCGAGUAUUUUGGUGGUUGUGAUGGUGAAGAACAUCAAAUGACGGAGUUUGAAUCUGAGGUUGCACCGGGAAGGCCCGUGGUUCCUGGAUUCGUGGUAAAUUGUACAGCCAAUGUUGCCUCCUCCUCUCUUAUGAUGGUUGAUAAUAGCAUGUUUAUGUUAGAAAAUGAGGGUUUUGUUUCAUCAAAGCUUCAUCUAAAUUUUCAUGUCUUCUAAAAAAAGUUUGUAUUGCUAGAUUACACGAAUGAUUGAAUAGUGCUUGCUGUUAAUUUUUCAA